AUGCCCAAGGCAAAGACUGAGGACGAAUCGCGCAAGGCGUCGUUGGCGACGCAGUUUGAGAUCAAGCUUGCCACCGAGGCGUUUGCUACAGUCGUGGCCGAGAACGGACCGACCGUCGUCAACUGCCGGCGGCUUCUUAUGACGCCACCGGCCGAGCGUACGCUCGAGGACGUUCAUAUUAUCAAGGUGUUUUUUCAUACGUCCAAGAUUGGCAAGCACUGCAGCCACCUCGACCCGCACAAGGAAACCGAGUUCUACAAGGCGCUCGAGCUCAUGACGUUCAGCGCCGUCGAGACGCCCAUUUUUCGUCAAGGCGACGUCGGCGACCGGUUUUACGUCCUUUUGUCGGGCCAAGUGCAAGUUCGGAAGCUCAGCAAGCACAGCGAUCCGCCCGUCGAACGUGUGCUCUGCGACCUCGAGCCGGGCGAGUGCUUUGGCGACCGUGCGCUCGUCGGCGACGGCGAAGACGCGCACCCGCGCGAAGCGACGGUCGUGACGCUAACACCACUGGUCGAGCUCGCGUCGAUCGACAAGGCUGCGUACAGUGCGAUUCUGCGGGAGAAGCCCAAGGACAUGUACAUUGCCAAAGAGAUCUCGCUUGAAGUCGCCAAGCGCUUUCGCUCGAAUAAGGACAUUGUCCGCGCCAUCUUUAUGCAGCCCGCGGGCGACCGCACCGAGCGCGACCUCAAGUUUGCGGUCGAGUACCUCAAAAGCGUCAAAUUUUUCGCGCGCUUUUCGUUUGAGGUUCGGAAACAGCUCUGCAAAGCUCUUCGACUCGUGUGCGCUUGGACAAAUACGACCAUUUUCCAAGAAGGCCAGCGCGGCCACCACUUUUACAUUCUCUUUAGCGGCGCGGUCGAGGUCCGCGUGUCGACGACCAAUCGGAGCAACGAGCCGGUCUCGAUGGUUGUGGCGACGCUCAAGGAGGGCGAAACCUUUGGCGAACUCGCCUUGUCCGAGGAGAACGGCGUCCGUCGGGCGACCGUGACGAGCACCGACUACUCGGAGCUGCUCACGCUGAGCCGCGACGAGUACAUACCGCUCGUGCAAAAGUACCAAAACCAAAGCCACACCGAGUACGUGCGCCUUUUGCAGAGCAACCCGGUCUUCUCGGGGCCCGAGUGGGACGUGGCGACGAUCGAGGCCAUGUGCUCCGUCAUGGUCGAAAAGUACAUAGCGUUUCGCGGGGAAAUCUGCAAACAAGGCUCGCGCGCCGGUGAAAUGUAUGUGGUUGUGCGCGGCGAGUGCGUCGCGAAACACCAGACGCUCGACCCGUUCACCAAGCAGGACAUUGUCAUUGAAGUCGCUCGGUACGGGCCCAAUAGCGUCAUUGGCUGUGCCGAGGCGACCGCCGGCCGCUUCAACGACAUUUUCACGCGCCAUGCGUCCAUUUAUGCCGAGAGCCCGGUCAAGGUGCUCGUGCUCUCGCGCUUUGACAUCUUCCACUUGCUCUCGCCCGACGCGCGCGCGAGUCUUCAGCGCUGCGGCUCGGACGAGCAGCUCGGGUCCCUCGACAACCGCGUCAUGAAGACGAUCGUGUGGGAGAAGUACCGCAAAGAGUUUCUCGCCGAGUCGCUCAAGCCGUUGGCGUCGCUCAAGCGGCACACGGGCAGUCUGACGCUGGACCCGCUGCCCAAAACCAUGAGCCUCGACGGCCGGCCGCUCCUGCCCGUCGGCGAGCUCCAUAUUUACGCCAAACCUCGGCUCACGGCGUCGGCCUCGAUGAGCAGCUUACCCUCGACGACGCGGCGCUUGCACACGAGCAACGGGCCGCAUUCGACACGCGCCAAGCGCGACAGCGAUAUUCAUUUGCACGGCCAGCGGCGCAUUUCGCUCUUAUCACCGACGAUGGCCAAGCACCGCGGGUCCAAAGCCGCCAACGUGCUCGCGUUGGAGCACACCGAGGACGCCUUUAUCGCUCCCGACGACUUGGACGAACUUGAUGACGACGACGACGAGACGGACAAGCCACUCACACACUUCAACCCGCUGCGUGCGUCGUCGCCAGCAACACCGCUCAACCACGCGACGCGGCAGUUUCUGUGGCAGCCGCUGCACGGCGUACCGCACCCGUUUGCCCUUGUCGGCUACGCGCGGCCGAUGGUCGACGGUCUCGGCUCGAUCGCGUUCCGCGUCUGUGGCAAGUUCAAGGCCAUCGAGCCAACGCUGCAGCUCUUCCACUCGAUUGGCGCCAUCGACGUGGCGCAGCCCAUGGGGGGUCUCGACGUCAACGGGUUCCUCCUCUUCAAGGACGGGGACGUGACUAUGGUGCUCCGCAGCCAGCACGGUGCCGUGCUUCCCGACGCCAGUGUUCGCGACACCAAGACGCCGGCGUCGCAGCGCCGCAUGGCGGUCGAUGCGCGACAAGAAAAGGCGUGGAAAGACGUCUUGGCCGAGACCCACGCGGUCGGCCUCCUCAUCAAGCGCGAGUGCGACCCGGUCGUGAGCAGUCAGCGCUACGCGUGCGUCGGCUUGCCCAACACUUGGACGCACGACGACGUCCAAGUCCACGUCCACGUCUACCACACGUUCCCCACGCCGCAGAGCGCGAUCCGGCACGCCAAGCACCAAGCCGGCCUUCUCUCGGGCUUUGCCAACAACGCGCUGUACGUCGUGCCGCUCUUCGAGUGGAUCCACCGCGACGACCUCGAGCGCUACGAAGUGCGCAACACGGAGCUCGAGCAUGUGCUGGACGCGAAAACGAAUUUUUCCAAAUACAGCGGGUGGCGUGCGCGAAAGGAGGCAAUGCGCAAGCGCCAAGCACACCACUUUGGCAAAAGCAUCACCCCCACGGACUAA